CGUGGCAAUUUGUCGCAAAUCAUUAUCAGCUGUUAAGCAUAAACGAGCGAUUCGCUAUUUGCUUUGAAAUGGAAGACAAAAAACGAUUACGCAUUAAUGGCACUUUUCGGUGGAGUGAACAGCAAACCAGAGAUUUGCUUACGAUUGUCUUUGACAAUGUGAAGCCUAAUCUGGAACAAUUUGAGAAACCAACUGCUCAAAAUUUUUAUGAUCGCAUUAAGCAAAAUUCGCCAAAUUUAUGCACAAUCAAAUGGAAUAAUAUACGCACAAAAAUGAGACACCUUAAAACAAGUUUUUUGGCCGCGGUCAAGUGGAAAAGCCAAACGGGCGCAGGAUUGCUUGAGAAUGGAGAUGUAACCAGUGUAGAAGAAUACAUCAAAAAGACUUGUCCAUUUUAUGAUGACCUACACGCAAUUUUUGCACGGCGCAUCAAUAUCCAGCCACCAGCAAUCUAUCAGUCUUCAGAGCCAGUGUUGUCCAUGGAGAAUAAUGAAGAGGAACUGUUAUUAGAAAUUGAUUGCGAAACAUCUACGAGUUUCUCUGAAAGUCCAUUAGUGAGUCCAUCUGUUUUAAUUUUUCCAACAUUUCCUGAGAAUCAAGUCAGUCCGCCUUGUUCAUUGGCAUCAGAUAUUCGCACACAACACAAUACAACGGCAACAAACAAAAAUUUGAAGAGAGCUCACAGCUCGAGCCCAUUUGCUCUAUUAUUUGAAAUUCAAAAGAAAAAGGUGGACUUAGAAACACAAAAACUAGAGUUUGAAAGAGAAAAAGAGGAAAAUAAAUUUAAAUUGCAGAAACUACAACUGGAGAAAGAAGAGAGAGUCGAGAUGGAAAAAUUAAGAUUGGAACACGAAAGAUUGAAAAAUGUAAAUAAUUAA